CGCAACGACUGAGAGAAAAAUGGCUGAAGACCACGAACUCGCGCCUAUCUACCCUAUUGCCCCGCGCAUGACCAGCGGUCCCAAGAAGCCUCAUGUUGGUCCGUCAAGAAAAGAGUAUCAGCAGGCACAUGCCUUGACUAUUGGCGACAAGUCGGAUGAGUGGUGGUCGAAGGUGAGCAAUAUUUCUUCCUGAACGUUAUAACAGAGUGCGCCGAUCGCGUCUGGUGUGCGGAGUGAGUUGAGGCCUGUCCGGAAGGGGACCUGCAUAGACACCUUGAUGAUGGAAGUAUCCAACUUGGCUUCGCGCUUAUCCCCCAGAAAUGCGAUCAAUCGCUUAUUCGUACUUCGCAUCGCAUUCGUCCCAGCGCUCAGAGUAAUAAUGAUGUACCUAUGGACGGUACUUGUAUCACGCACGUGGUGGACCUAAUAGAGUUGGCGGUCUUAUGCAUUCCUUGGCGUCAUUCAUCAUCACUUGUACUCUUCGUGUAGAUCGGCGUGCUUAUUCUGUUCAUGAGCUUCCGAGGUCUGCGGAGGCUCAUCCGGCGAAGCACAUGCGUCUAUUAACUUGGUCUUCCUCGCCUCCUGUUAUCAGAAGCUGAUUCAAAUGUCCCAUGACUAUCUAGGUUGCAAGAGAAACUCUGUACUGGGACCGACCAUUCAAGACUGUCCGUUCGGGAAGCUUCGUCAACGGCGACAUCGUUUGGUUCCCCGAAGGUGGACUCAACGCUUGCUAUAACUGUGUCGACCGUUGGGCAUUCAAACAUCCCGAAAAGACUGCUAUUAUUUAUGAAGCAGAUGAACCGGGAGAAGGCUACACCGUUUCAUACGGAGAACUCUUCCGUGAAGUUUGUCGCAUUGCAAACGUCCUAAGGCAAUUUGGAGUGAAGAAGGGAGACACCGUAUCCAUUUAUCUUCCCAUGACCUGGCAUGCCACAGCCGCAUUCCUUGCAUGCGCCCGUAUUGGUGCCAUUCACUCCGUCGUCUUCGCAGGUUUCUCUGCCGAGUCUUUGCGUGAUCGCGUCCGUGACUGUUCCUCGCGAGUGCUCAUUACAACGGAUGAGGGCCGCCGUGGUGGCAAGACGAUUGCAACGAAGGCUAUCGUCGAUGCCGCAUUGAAGGAUUGUCCGUCUGUUGAACAUGUUCUUGUUCUCAAGCGCACCGGCAAACAAGUACCCUGGACAGAAGGACGUGACAAAUGGUGGCAUGAAGAAGCUGCAAAGGUCCAGGCAUAUUGCCCGCCUGAAAUUAUGGCUGCUGAGGACCCCCUAUUCAUUCUUUAUACCUCCGGAUCAACGGGUAAGCCGAAGGGAGUUGUUCACACGACAGGUGGCUACCUGCUCUGUGCGGCACUUACUGUCAAGUACGUCUUCGAUGUUCAUCCAGAUGACAAGUUUGCGUGUAUGGCCGAUGUCGGUUGGAUCACUGGGCAUACAUAUAUUGUCUACGGGCCACUCUGCAACGGUAUCACCACAACUGUUUUUGAGUCGACGCCAGUGUAUCCGACACCCUCGCGCUAUUGGCAACACGUCCAAGAGCACAAAAUCACGCAGUUCUAUAGUGCACCGACUGCUAUCCGCCUUCUCCGCCGUCUAGGUCAUCAUCAUGUUCAGGGACAUGAUCUGUCUUCCCUACGUGUCCUCGGUUCCGUCGGAGAACCCAUCAACCCUGAGGCUUGGUACUGGUACCACGAAUACGUCGGGCGCGAACAAUGCGCGAUCGUUGAUACUUUUUGGCAGACGGAGACAGGUUCAAUCGUUAUCACGCCAUUCCCCGGUGCGAUCCAGACUAAGCCUGGUUCGGCGACUGUCCCGUUCUUCGGUAUUGAGCCAGUCAUUCUCGAUCCUUCGACUGGUGAGGUUCUCGAGGGUAACAGCGUUGAAGGCGUUCUUGUCCUCAAGAACCCCUGGCCAAGUAUUGCUCGUACGGUCUACGGGGACCACAAGCGCUACCUCGAGACGUAUAUGAAGCCUUACCCCGGUUUCUUCUACACCGGUGAUGGUGCCGCUCGUGAUAAAGACGGAUACAUCUGGAUCAAGGGACGUGUGGACGACGUUAUCAACGUCUCCGGACACCGUCUCUCCACGGCUGAGAUCGAGAGUGCACUCAUCUUGCACGCAGGUGUCGCAGAGACAGCUGUGAUUGGUACCGCUGACGAGUUGACGGGCCAAGCCGUCUACGCGUUCGUCACUCUCAAGCCGGACUUCACGCCCUCAGCGGGAGAUGAUGAGGCAGCCCUUGCGCGCGAACUCACGUUGCAAGUCCGAAAGGUUAUCGGACCGUUCGCCGCACCGAAACGCGUGUUUGUCGUUAAUGAUUUGCCGAAGACGCGUUCGGGCAAGAUUAUGCGUCGUGUGUUGCGCAAGAUCGUUGCGGGCGAGGGUGACCAGCUUGGCGAUCUCAGUACUCUUGCGGACCCCUCUGUCGUUGACCAGAUCAAAGUUAGAGUUGCUGAGGGUACCGCUUAGUUCUGUUGUUUCUUCUGAGCUUGGCGAGAUGAAGUAGACAGUUGAUGCUGCUUAAGACCGGUAUAAGACUCCGUUUAUCUUACUUUCAUACUACAUUUUUCUUCUACUUUACGUAUCGUAUCUUGUGGCGCUCCGUACUUUCGGUUGUCGUCUUCUUUUCUCUUAGUUUCUUCGCGAGGCUCAGAACAACGUUUGUAAGACUGCUGUAGAGUAAACGAAAAAGAAUAAAUCUGACAUUUUAUUAUUCUC